AUGGUCAACAUUGGACCUCAACUUCAGCGGCUGUGCGUUCCGAAACCACCAAGACUGUCACGAUGUCCUGCAAACGAGUCCUGGCGGAAUUGCGCGACGCUCUGUGAACGAACGUGUGAACAACCAAAUCCGGAGUGCUCAUCAAAGUGCGGAACUCCGCGAUGUCAGUGCGACCCAGGUUUCUUCAGGAAUCGUUCAGGAAUUUGCAAGCCGCUAUCACAAUGUUGA